GUUCAUUGCUUGCGCGUGUGGAGACAUUACCUCUUAGGCGCACACUUCAUCAUCAAGACGGACAACGUGGCGACGAGCUAUUUUCAAACUCAAAAGAAGUUGUCACCAAAGCAAGCUAGGUGGCAAGAUUUCUUGGCGGAGUUCGACUACACUUUGGAGUACAAACCGGGGAAGGCCAAUGUUGUAGCCGACGCACUUAGUCGGAAGGCGGAGCUCGCAGCCAUUAGCCAAGCGGAUGGGGACUUGAUCGGGCGCAUCAAGGAGGGACUUGAACACGAUCCCAUGGCUAAAGAGUUGAUGAAGCUGGCCAAGGAGGGAAAGACCCAACGAUUUUGGGAAGAGAACGGCCUUCUCUACACAAAGGGGCGCCGUCUCUAUGUCCCAAAAUGGGGGAGUUUGAGGAGGGAUCUCGUCAAGGAGUGCCAUGACACGAGGUGGGCUGGACACCCCGGCCAAAGACGCACGCUAGCACUUGUCGAGACCGCAUACUUUUGGCCACAGAUGAGGGACACUGUGGAGCUUUAUGUGAAGACUUGUCUUGUGUGCCAACAAGACAAGGUGGAGAAUAGACAACCCGCAGGUCUGUUGGAGCCAUUGCAUAUUCCGGAGCGACCGUGGGACUCUAUUUCUAUGGACUUCAUUAGUGCCCUGCCGAAGUCCGAUGGAUUUGGAUCUAUCAUGGUGGUGAUAGAUCGAUUUUCUAAGUAUGGGACGUUCAUCCCGUGCACGAAGGAUUGCACCGCGGAGGAGGCAGCACGGGGGUUCUUCAAGAACGUGGUGAAGUAUUGGGGGCUACCGAGGAGCAUCGUGAGUGAUCGAGACCCCCGAUUCACGGGACGACUUUGGAGUGAGUUGUUUAAACUACUUGGGACACAACUCAACUUCUCCACAAGCUUUCACCCACAAACCGAUGGGCAAACCGAACGGGUGAAUGCCUUGUUGGAGUGCUACCUGAGGCACUUUGUGAGUGCCAACCAACGGGAUUGGGCAAAGCUCUUGGACAUAGCUCAAUUCUCGUAUAACUUGCAGCGGAGUGAGUCCACGGGGAGGAGUCCAUUCGAGCUUGCAACGGGGCAACAACCUUUGACUCCGCACACUUUGGCAACUUCACUCCACGAUGGACAAUGCCCGGGAGCAGUCAAGAUGGCUAAGUCCUGGGAGGAACAAGCUGACCUAGCCCGCUCAUGCUUGGAGAAAGCACGCAAGAGGAUGAAGAAAUGGGCGGACGAGAAGAGGCGGCCAAGGGAAUACACCGUGGGAGACUUAGUCUUUGUGAAACUGUUACCACAACAGUUCAAGGCAUUAAGGAGCCUACACAAAGGCUUAGUCCGAAGAUACGAAGGGCCGUUCCCGAUUAUUGCUAAGGUAGGGAAAGUCUCAUAUAAGAUUGACCUGCCUAGCACAUUGAAGAUUCAUCCGGUCUUCCACGUGAGUAUGCUAAAGCCAUAUCAUGGGGACGAGGAAGACCCAAGCCGAGGGUUAUCAAGUCGAGCACCCCCUGUAGUCACUAAGUCCUACGACAAAGAGAUUGAAGAGGUGCUCGCCACAAAGGAGGUUCGCAAGAGGGGCGUUCCUCGCCAAAAUCAUUACUUGAUCAAAUGGAAGGGACUACCCGAGUCGGAAGCAACGUGGGAACCUGAGGAGGACUUGUGGCAGUUCCGGGACAAGCUCGAGGCGCACAAGGCGACGAGGGCGUCGCCAAGUUAGGUGGGGGAGAUUGUCACGAGUUUCCCUCAUUCGGCAGAUUACGCCGCGGCAUGGCCAGAUAAUUGCGCCGCGGCAUAACUCGUGACCAAGCCCACAGCUGAAGUCUAGAGAUACCAAGGAGAAAGGGGCAGGAUUCCGGAGGUUCAUAGAAUACUCUAGACUCAUGUAGAUAGGUAUACACUUGUAUAGAAUACUCUAGAAUACCAUAGAUUUGUAUAGAAUAUUCUAGAGAUAAAUUAUAGCCGUUAGAUCAAAUAGAUCUUGACCAUCCAUUGAGGAGGAGGCAAGUAUAAAUACCCCUCAUGGUGGUUCAUUUGUAAUCAUCGAAGUUUCCAAGCAUUCAAUAAAGUGUUAAGCUUUCUUCAAGAGAUCACUUGCCUUUAUCACUUUCCUAGCCAAGCACUUAGCGCACACACCUCACUAAGACAUCGGUGAAGGCUGACUUAGCUAUCGCGAGGGGCGAAAAGGAGCUAAGGCCGCACGUGAGCUUGUUAAGGGAACAAGUCCGUGACAGUAGGCUUGCUUUGAGCACUCUAAUUUCUUCAAAGUAACAGCGCCGGAGGCACGACCCGGCCAAUUAAGGCCAGGAGCAUAUCGCCGGCAAUAGAGACGAGAUGACCGGUGCACACCAUGAGGCGGACCGGCCAACCCAUCUCAAAGUCC